GUUCCUUACUCCUUAUGAUAUUUCUUAUAAAUGAAAAGAAAAAAGAAUUAGAACAAAUGGAUAAAGAUAUAAAAGAAAUGAAAGAGAAAUUAAUUCCACAAGUAGAAGAUGGCGCAUAUGUAGAAUUGUUAGAUAAAAUAGAAAGACGAGUAAAAGAUUUGGAAAUUCAAGUGAAAACUACCAAGCAGAAAAAACUUAUGAGAGAUAAAGAAGAUUACAAUCUGGGAAGACAGAGAAAUUGGAAAAAACAUACAUUCAAUAAUCAAGAAAACCAUUACAACAGCAAUUAUAAACCAUUUCAACAUCGUCAGUACCAACCAUAUAGAUCAAACAAUUAUCAUAAUCAAAAUC